AUGGCCGUUCUAAUGGGCGAAGAAAUGUUGUUGUGGAAGAGAGGCAAAACUGUGGGCAAAGGCAGCUUCGGUAUUGUUUCAUUAGCUUCCACGUCCAACUUGCAUGAUCAUUUACUUAAUGGGGUUCCUCUUCCUUUUCAGAUUGCCGUAAAAUCUUGCAAAUUCAGUGGUUCUCGAUAUCUACGUGCAGAAAGUGAAUUCCUACGCAUGUUUCAAGAAUCUCCUUACGUAAUUCGCUCUUUCGGAGUUAAUGUCACUCAAGAAAAUGGCGUGAUUCUUUACAACUUAUUGCUCGAGUAUGCCUCCGGCGGAAGUCUAGCGGAUCGUCUUGAAGCGGACAUGAAUUCAAGAAAAGGGCUUGCAGAGUUUGAAGUUCAGAAGCACACGAAGAACGUCCUUUUGGGCCUAAGUCACGUUCACAGCAAAGGAGUUAUCCACUGUGACAUAAAGCCACACAAUAUUCUUGUUGUGGGCACCGAUAGAAUUGCCAAGAUCGCAGAUUUUGGACUUGCCAUGACUUUGGAAGAGAGCAGGAAAAAAAAGCACGGAAUCAGGGGAACAUACAGGUAUAUGGCACCAGAAUCCGUGAUUUACCACGAGUACGGAACAGAGGUUGAUAUUUGGGCUCUUGGCUGCACUGUCUAUGAGUUGCUUACAGGGACACCGCUGUGGGAAACAAGUUCAGACAUCAAUGAUGUAAACGCUGAUGUGUUAUAUAAAAUUGAGUUUGAGAAACCCAAAUUUCAGAAUGCAAAGUUGUCAAAAGAAGCACAAGAUUUUCUGAAAAGGUGUCUAGUCAAGAAUCCUAGGUCACGUUGGACUGCCGAGAUGCUCUUGAAUCAUCCUUUUCUGAAGUCUUCCUAUGUCCAGCUAACAAAGAAGCAAAGUGACAUGUCCCUUUUACGCAGAAUAUUUAAGACACUGCCACACAUUCGUGAUUUGAUUAAAGCAAGAUUGAUACAAUAA